AUGUCCAAAGCCACCCUCGCUGUCAUCGCCGCUGUCAGCGCCGGCGCCGGCGCCGCUGCCACAGCAGCCAUGUACUCCCUCCGCGGCGACGGCAGCAACAACAACAACAAAAAAAAACUUGAGUCUACCGCGGCUCCGAUCGCCCCAUCCUCGACCCUCGCCCCGCGCCUAACCUCUUCCCCGGUGACCGUCCCCGUCCCGGCCUCACAAGUCUUCGACAACUCCCCCUCCACUCCCUCCAACACCCCAAGCAACGCCCCCGUCGAUCCCUCAGGCCUCUUCCAAUACGGCUUUCCCGGUCCCAUCUCCGACCUGGCAACGCGCCAAGCCUUCAUCUCGUGCUACGACCGGCGCACGCGCAACCCUCACUGGGUCGCAGAGCACAUCACUCCGCAAUCUCUGGCCAUCCGCGACGGUGACCGCAAGAACAGCAAUUUCCUCGAAGACCCCUUGAUCCCGGCCAAAUUCCAAGCCAAACUCAAAGACUACUUCCGCAGCGGCUACGACCGGGGACACCAGGUGCCGGCAGCAGACUGCAAGUGGUCUCAGUCGGCGAUGGACGAGACAUUUUAUUUGACCAAUAUGUGUCCGCAGGUUGGGGACGGGUUUAAUCGGGACUACUGGGCACAUUUCGAGGAUUUUUGUCGGCGGCUGACGGAGAAGUACCCCUCCGUCCGGAUUGUCACGGGCCCGUUGUAUCUUCCCAAGAGGGAUGAUAAGGACGGCAAGUGGUACGUCAAGUACGAGGUGAUUGGGAACCCGCCAAACGUAGCUGUGCCUACCCAUUUCUACAAGGUUAUCUAUGCGGAGGAGGACGGGCCAGAGAAGAAGGUCGCGCUGGGGGCGUUUGUCUUGCCGAAUGCGGUGAUUCCCAAUGAGAAACCGCUGCAGGACUUCGAGGUUCCGCUCGAGGCGGUAGAGAGGGCGACGGGGCUGGAGUUUGCAAGUAAGUUGCCGGUGCAGAGAAGGAAGCGGUUGUGUGCGGAGACGAGUUGCAGCAUAAUUGUGAAGGAGUAUGCUGAGAGGCAGAAAGCUUUUGCGAAGAAGGCUUAG